CUUUUUUGUACCGCGCGUGGUUUACAGUUGGGACACAGUAGGUUUUGUUGUGGUGGACUAUGUCUCGGAAGGUGGUGGUAGCUUCCGGAUAUUUCGACCCCCUGCACUAUGGCCACAUCGAAUACCUCCAAAGGUCGAAGGAUUUAGGCGACAAGUUGAUCGUCAUUGUCAACAACGACCUGCAGGCCACUCGCAAGAAGGGUCAGCCCUUCAUGCCUGCCCGGGAGCGCGUCAAGCUUGUGCGCUCACUGGCUUGUGUGGAUGCAGCCAUUGAGUCCAUCGACCAGGACCAAACUGUGCGUCGGACUUUGAGGCUACUUCACCCAGAUAUCUUUACAAAUGGUGGGGACAUCACGAACGACAGCGUCCCAGAGGCGGAUGUCUGCAGAGAGUUGGGCAUCAAGCUGGUAGAUGGCUUGGGGGAGAAGGUUCAAUCUUCAUCCUACCUCAUCAACCGCAUUGCCAAGCCAAGCUCAAGUGAGAACUUGAAUGGAAAGCUUGGACGUGAGGCCUAGGCUGCAACGCUGCGGCGUUUGGCUAGGGAAAGAGUUGCUUUUCUGGCAGUCCACUGUUGGCCAAGUGUUGGCUUUCUGACGCUACCUGGGCCUCACUACGCAUACUUGGG